AUGUCGAGCUUUCAGGCUCAUGCCCGAUGCCCCACAUUCACGACUCACAACAACGCAGAUCCAACAGCAGCGUUAUUCCUCACAACACGGUGUUCGGAGAAACCAAUCUAUCAGAAGAGAAGGGAGGAAAAAAUGCGGACUAAAUAUCUCGAAGGUCUAGCGUUAUUCACAUUUCCGUAA